AUGACUAGCAUGGAGAAAAUGUGGAAUGCUUUCUCUGCCAUUGGAGAUAUUGCUUUUGCUUAUUCUUUCUAUCCGGUCCUCCUUGAAAUACAGGACACACUAAAACCAAGUCCUCCAGAAAACAAAGUAAUGAAAAAGUCUUGCACAAUAGGAAUUGGAGCAUCCACCUUGUUGUACAUGAUAUGUGGGAUACUUGGAUACUUAGCAUUCGGGAAUGAUUCGCCUGGGAACUACUUGACAGGGUUCGGUUUCUAUGAACCAUUUUGGGUCGUCGACAUUGGUAACAUUUCUGUUGUUAUACAUCUUCUUGGAGCUUUUCAGGUAAUUAUCCAACCAUUUUUCGCAUUUGUGGAGAACUGGAGUCGGGAAAAGUGGCCAGGAUGCAAAUUCAUAGAGGAAGAAUAUAUCAUUGGAAAAUACAAUAUCAAUAUGUUCCGGUUGACAUGGAGGACGUGUUAUGUUAUAAUAGUAGCAAUAGUCGCCAUGAUGUUUCCGUUCUUUAACAGUUUUAUGGGACUUAUUGGUUCAGCAACAUACUGGCCGUUGACGAUUUAUUUCCCAAUAGAAAUGUAUAUCUCACGGGCAAAGAUUCGAACGGGUUCUUUCACAUGGAUUUGGUUAAAGCUUUUGACCUUGAUAUGCUUGAUUAUCGCACUUCUUGCUGCAGCUGGAUCUGUUAGAGGCCUUGUUGUCUCCUUUUCUAGUUUCGAGAUAUUCCGUUCAGUGUCCUAG